AUGGAGCAGACCAAAUCUAUUGCAUCCGAACAACUAUCUGCCAGUAGCACGGGCAAAGAUGAGUCGUCGUCUUCGCUGCAGGUUGGGGCGACUCCAACUGAAGAAUGGGAAUCCCGCCAGGAACGCUCCGUGGACGUCUUCCUAAAUGCCCUGCCACAAGGUCAACACUCUGCCAACGUCAGCGCAUCAGGUGUUGUCUUUCGCGACCUGUACGUGGCAAGAAGCGUCCAACAAUGUACAGCGCCGCACACAUUUGCCAGUGCUGCGCUUGGCGACAUCUUAUCGCGCAUUCUGAAGUGUCUCCGAGCAUCGGGCACGAAAGCUACUUGCACUCCGCACCCAGUAAUCAGGAACUUCACGGGCGUCGUGGGCAAUGGCGAGAUGAUGCUCGUGCUGGGGCGUGCGGGAAGCGGAUGCAGCACAUUCCUCAAGGCCAUAUCGCAUCGACAAGAUCAAGACACUUCUGCAACUGGGCACGUCAGCUGCGCUGGCAGGUCAUCGUACUGUCCAGAAGACGACCAGCACUUCCCAGCCCUGACCGUACGGCAGACAUUGGAAUUCGCGCUGAGAAGCUCGUUCCCAACAGAAACCACACGGCAAAUUGGAUCCCUCGCCAAUGCACUCCUUGAGAUCUUUGGAAUGGAGCUCUCGAGUGAUACCUUGAUAGGCAAUACACUGAAAAGAGGAAUCAGUGGCGGAGAGAGGAAACGAGUCUCGGUGAUGGAAGCUUUAUCGCUGCAAUCACCUAUCUCAGCUUGGGACAACAUCACAUGCGGUCUCGACGCAAAUGCCGCUCUGAGACUCAUCCGCUGCCUCCGACUGAUUACCCACAAAACCAACCGAUCAGCCGUCAUCGCUCUGAACCAGGCAGGAGACGAGAUCUACCAUCUUUUUGACAAAGUUCUCGUAAUCCACGGAGGCCGGAUGCUGUACCAGGGUCCGACUGGAGACGCUCGGCAGUACUUUCAGAGUCUUGGAUAUCGCAUCAAGACUAACCAGCCAAUGGCGGAAUUUCUGACCAACCUGAUAUCAUCGGGAAACUCAGUACACAACUGCGGUCGAACUGCAGAAGACCUGGAACAGAUUUUCCGCGACAGCAAAGCCAAUGAACUUGUUCUCGCCGAGGUCAAGCGCCAGGAGGUGAAGCUCGAGGCACUUCAUGGCUCUGCAGGAGAUGACUCCAGCCAGACGCACAUACACCACAGAUCUUUCGUGCCAAAUUAUCGACAGCAGGUCAUCAAUUGUGUCAGGCGUGAAUUCUGGCUCAAGAGCGGAGAUUGGAGACGGCAGGUGUUGAAAUAUCUCCUUGCCAUUGCGGACGCUCUGGUAGUCGCGAGUCUCUACUAUGAUAUCCCGGAGAGUACAGCCGGACUCCUUUCACGCAGCGGAGCGACACUUUUUGCGGCCCUCCUUCUCAUCUGGGUGCAACUAUGUGAGGUCGAUGAAACUUUAUCGAGCCGAGCUUUCUUGGAGCGACACAGACAGUAUGGACUCUACCGGCCUAGCGCUGCUAUGCUGGCUCGUUUUGUGGUCGACUGGAUCAUGAUACCUACCUUAGUGGUCCCGUUGGUCAUUAUCAUCUACUUCAUGGCAAAUUUCGCCCUGAAUGCUGGUAAAUUCUUUGCAUUCCUGGCUUUUGUCUGGAUCUUGACAUUGUGUGUUACCGCCUUAUUCCGACUUCUGGCUAUCUCAAGCGCAAGUCCGGACAACGCCGUCCGUUUUGCAGGCGUCGCUCACAACGUUCUCCUAAUGUUUGCAGGAUACACCAUUACCAAGUCUCGACUCAUGGCAGAUCGGCCUUGGAUCGGCUGGAUUGCUUACAUCAACCCACUGGCUUAUGGCUUCGAAGGUAUGCUGAGCAGCCAACUUCAUGAUGACAGGAUUCCAUGCGCGCCAGAACACCUUGUUCCCUACGAAAAUGGAUCUGGAAUUUCUCCCCAAACGUGCAGCAUUCCGGGCACUGGUCGGGGAAACACAGAUGUGAGAGGCCACGAAUAUCUAUCCAAAGUGUUCCAAUACAACUUUGCGCAUCUUUGGAGAAACUUUGCUCUGAUUGUCGUGCUCACCGGCGUGUAUCUGUUCGGGACCUGGGUAGCAUCUGAGAAGAUGUGGCGUAUACACCAGCCAGCUCGUCAGCGCGUAGUCGUUCAAACUGGUCAGGAUCGUCGCCGAAUCGCUGACGAGGAUACUGGAGAUGUCGAGAAAAACUUGAACGACCAUUCAGGAGCGUCAGACUCGGGCACAACGGAAACAAUGAACGAAAGUCCCCCCUCCCUAGGAGCUGCUCACGAUCUUUUUGCAUGGAAGAGCAUCAACUAUACGGUCAAGGAUGGUGUUUCCUCACGACAGGUGCUUGUAGACAUCAAUGGCUACGUGGCCCGCGGUGUUUUGAUGGCUCUUGUAGGUCCCUCUGGGUCUGGAAAGACCAGCCUCCUCCAUGCGCUCUCGGGUCAGCAGGCCGCAAAUUCCGUGGUGACGGGCAUUGCCACCAUGAGUGGAAAGACGGCUGCGAGGGACUUCCGCCGGUCUAUCGGACUUGUGGCACAAGUCAGCAUACUUGAAGAAACCGCCACCGUUCGCGAGGCGCUGGAAUUCUCCGCAAUUCUUCGACAAGACCCAUCAUUUUCCAAGAUAGAGAAGCUACAGUACGUGGCCCAUUUGCUCUCUGUCCUUGGACUCCAAGGCAUCGCAAACACAAUCAUCGGAUCUCUCAGCUAUGCAGAACGAAAGCUUGUUGACAUCGGAUAUGAGCUUGUCGCCAGGCCGUCCCUUGUAAUGAUGGACGAACCGAUAAGUGGUCUAGACGCACAAGCUGCUCUCUCGAUCAUUCGCCUUCUUCGUCGGCUCUGUGAUUCUGGCAUGAAAAUCAUAUGCUCCAUACAUCAACCAUCCACGGAGAUUCUUCGACACUUCGACACGCUCUUCGCUCUCGACCUCAGUGGCCGGUGUGUCUACUCUGGCUCAGCCUUGGAUCUCAGACAGUAUUUGGCCACACGCGGCGUCCUUUGUACUGACGAUGCACAUGGAAUUGCACUUAUCAUCGAUUCAUCCAUGCGGAGCUCCACCGGAGAAGGGUGGGCAGAAGAAUGGUCCAAUUCGGACGAGAUCAGAGCUUUAUCUGCCACGAUUCAAGUCAUUCAGCAUGAUAAACCGUCCUCAAUAUCCGAGAAGCGGCGAUCGUUCGCGCCUCAUGCUGCACCCUUGGCGCUGCAGGUGAGGCUUCUUACUACGCGACUGCUUUUACAGUACUGGCGAGAACCAUCAUACUGGUACACCUGGAUCAGCGUGUCACUCACAUCAGGCCUCAUUAAUGGACUCUGUUUCUGGCAGGUCGGAAACACUCUGGCCAGUCUCCAAGACCGAAUGUUUAGUGUAUUCCUCAUCAUACUCUUGCCACCCAUCAUCGUCAACACCGUCAAAGUGCGCUUCUACCAGAAUUUGCUUUUGUGGACGACAAGAGAGUUGCCAUCCGGGACUUACGAUUUCACAGCACUCUGUGCGGCCUGUAUAUUGGCCGAAAUUCCAAUGGCAACGGUCUCUGCAUUGCUCUACUUCUUAUCGUGGUACCUUCCAAGCGGGAUAUCACAUCAGUUCUCCACGGGCUGCUAUGUGUUUGCAAUGACACUGUUUUAUUUCUGGUUCCUGUUCUCUUGGGCUCAAUGGAUCUGCAUGCUGCUUCCCGACAUCGAAAUGGUGUCGAAUGCCCUGCCAUUCUUCUUUGCCGUCACUGGGCUGUGCAAUGGAGUUGUGAGACCAUUCUCGCAGCUUCCGAGCGUGUGGAGCCGCUGGCUGUAUUGGGUAAAUCCAAUGACUUGGUGGAUCGGCGGCAUUCUAUCCACUAUCCUCGGCAACCUGCACAUCGAGUGUACAGAAAGCGAGCUGAUACACUUCGAUCCUCCCGCGAACACUACUUGUGGCCAGUACAUCAGUAACGCUGACCCGGGUUACGUACUGGCCCCAGAUGCGACGAGCAACUGCAUGUAUUGUCCUUUCGCCACUGGCACCGGGUACUUCACCAGCCUGGGCUUUCAUCGGCAACGAAAGUGGCUGAGCCUAGGACUGUUUGCUUCAUUCGUUGUCACGAACUGGCUCUUGUUCUUUUUCCUCACUGGUAUGAGGCACUCCAAGCGGCUGCACCAUAAGCGAGAGACCACGAUACGCAGGAUGAAGGAAAUUGCCAACGCAUUGGUGAGCCUAAAUCGAAAAAGUGCUUAG